CAUAGGAAACUGUAGUACUACACCUCUUGGCGCCGGAAAAAAGGCCUUAGUACUGCAGGCCAAAGUCUCGGAGUUAAUGGAACGGGAGCGUAAAUUAUUGGAAGAACAUACGCGACAGGAGGCAGACUUUGGACUCCGUAGGGCCAAACUUAAGGAACUCUAUCUUCAGAAAGAAGAGGAGUUGAGACUGCAGUCUGAUCAUACUAGAGCAGUUGAGGUGGAACUAGAGGUGCUACGUGCUCAGGUGCGAGAGCUGCAGGAAGAACUGGAGGAGGCUCGCAGUGCAGUCACAAUUGCACAAUGUACAGCUGAAAAUGACAUUGCUGUAGAACAACGUAAAUGUCAGGAGGAAAUAGCCACAGUCCAACAGCUCAUGAAAGUGUGUGAUGAGGGCGCAUCGCGCACUAUGUAUUGGCACGACUAUAAGAUGGUGUUGCGCCACUUUGGCUCUCUUAUGGUGACAGCCCACUUUGUCUCUUAG